AGCAGCGUUUGCUGGGCCUGGUGGAAUCCUUUGGGUUUGGAGGAGGGGCUUUAGCGCGACGGUAGUCGGGCGGGAAGAGGCAAAAUAGGGUUAGGUCGCGCGGCGGCUUGGUUCCUGUAUUCAGAGUCGCACGGCUCACGAACUGCUGUUGCACGAGGGGAAGGCGGGAUUCCCAGGUCGGUGCUAGGCCCGAACGAAUUCCCUCGCCUCCACAGACCACACUCGGGUCUCCCUUCCUCCCCGUACCGCACUCCCGCCUUGCUGCGCGGCGAGCUGCGGGUCGCCAUCAUUUUCUGUGAUCAGUGAUGAACAGCAGUGCAAAGUAAGCCAGCCCUAUCCAGGAGCUCCUUCGUCCAAAUUUUACUGUCUUCUGACUGGACUCUAACUGGUCUUUUAAGCAUACAGCUGAAUUUGAUUUAUUCAGUUUGAGAGGAUCUUUUAACAGUCGCUCACUAGGUCCAAUCCUGCGUUUAGAACCCGUGCGUCUGGAUUCGUGCGUCUGGAUUCCGCGCCUGGGUCCGUCCGACCGAGUCCUCCUGUGCAACCCCUCCCCAGAUGCCGGUUUCGCCCCUUACCGGGCUAUUUCUGAGCAGUAGAUGUUACAAGUACUACUACCCUGAACAACCAGUUCCAAGUCCUGUCAUCAAAUCCUAUGUUUCUGUUCCAAAUGGUAACAGAUAACAUAAUUUUUAUUUAAAAGAAAUGAGUGUAACUAGUAUCGCAUUAAGAGUUGAAACCUGGCUUUUGGCUACCUGGCAUGUAAAAGUACCGCUAAUGUGGCUGGAAGCUUGUAUUCAUUGGAUCCAAGAUGAAAAUGAUAAUGUUACUUUGAGUCAGGCACAAAUAAAUAAACAAGUUUUUGAGCAAUGGCUCCUUACUGAUCUGAAAGAUUUGGAGCAUCCUCUUUUACCUGAUGGCAUUUUAGAAGUUCCGAAAGGAGAACUGAAUGGAUUUUUUGCUCUGCAGAUUAAUUCAUUGGUUGAUGUAAGUCAACCUGCGUAUUCCCAGAUACAAAAGUUGAGAGGAAAGAAUACUAUGAAUGAGCUAAUUACAGCUGAAACACAAGUAACCCAAAAGCCUUGGGAAGCAAAGCCUUCACGAAUGUUGAUGCUACAGCUAACUGAUGGAAUUGUCCAAGUGCAGGGAAUGGAAUAUCAGCCUAUUCCAGCUCUUCAUAAUAAUCUUCCUCCAGGUACAAAAAUUUUGAUUUAUGGAAUCAUUUCUUUCCGCCUUGGUGUUCUCUUACUGAAACCAGAAAAUGUGAAGGUGUUGGGAGGAGAAGUAGAUGCUCUUUUAGAGGAAUAUGCUCAAGAAAAAGUACUUGGAAGAUUAAUUGGGGAACUUGAUCCUAUAGUUUCAAUCAUACCAAAUAAUUCUAACCAAAACAUUCCCAGAAAUACAGAUGAUCUAGAUGUUGUGUUGGGACCUUCUGAUGAAGAACUCUUGGCAAGUCUUGAUGAAAAUUAUGAGCUUGCAGCAGUUAAUGCCACCUCCUUGGAAAGAAGAUGCUUUAGUACAGGUAGUUCCUCAAAUGCUAUUUCCACAAGGCAGUCGGGUUUUGAACCAGGACUUGUUAUUUCUCCAAGACCAAAGGAGAAACCACCAAAUCAAUCUGUGCAUUUCACUGAUGGGGAAUUAGAUGACUUUUCAUUGGCAGAGGCCUUGCUUUUAGAAGAAGCUGCCCAGGAACAACAAAUGGAGACUAAAGAAUUGCAGCCAUUGACUUUGAACAGAAUCACAGAUGAAAAUACAAUGAGAUCUUCACAUGAGCCUAAUGUUCUGAAUAAUUUUUCUGUGAUUUGCAAAAAUGGUAACAAUUGGAAUAAAAAAAAAUUAUCUGAACAGAUGACUAAUGAAGACAACUCUUUUAGUUGUUUAUCUUCUACAGACCACAACAGUAGUGUUUUUUCAGUUCAUGAUAAUCCACACCUGUACCAUGACUUUACAAAUAAAGAGAAGAAUUCAGAACCAAGUGAUAAGGUAAAACAAACCAUUAGCAGUUCAGAUAUCCAUUCCUUAAAUAAUAAAAUUUUAAAUGAAAAACUAGUUAAUUAUGUACCAAAAAAGAAUUCACAAAUUUCUAAUGAAAGUGACCACCAUUUUCAGCAUUGUUCUCCAAGAUCAUCAGAGGACAGCACUAAUCUUUCUGUCACCAUGGAUUUGUAUUCUCCCCCCUUUAUCUAUUUGUCUGUUCUAAUGGCCAGCAAACCAAAGAAAGUUAUAACAGUAAAAGUCAAAGCCUUUAUUGUAACCUUAACUGGAAAUCUCUCAAGUUCCAGUGGCAAAUGGAAUAUAGCAGCAAAGAUUUCUGACGGUACUGCAUAUCUAGAUGUAGAUUUUGUAGAUGAAAUACUUAUUAGUUUGAUAGGGUUUUCAGUACCAGAGAUGAAAAAAUUAAAAAAAGAACCUGUUCAGUAUCAGAAAUUCCUGGAAGGUUUGCAGAAAUGUCAGCGAGAUCUAAUAGAUUUGUGCUGUCUAAUGACUAUUUCGUUUAAUCCGUCCUUGACUAAAGCAAUGGUAGUGGCAUUAGAAGAUGUUAAUGUGGAACACCUUGAGAACCUAAAGAAGCGAUUGAAUAAAUAAUAUACUAAAAUAGUAAUAGAAAACAAUGAAAUAUUUAGAAUUUGUCCUUUUAUUUUUGAAACUUUCUUUUUGUAAAAGGGACACAGGAAAUUUCAUGACUUCAAUUUAAAAGUGUUUAAUCAUGUUUGUGUGUUUAGGUUUUCUUAAUAAAUUUUUUAUAGCAACUAUUUAAAAAAGGAACUUGGUGACUCACUGUUAUUGAGAAAUUUUGUUAUCCACUUAUUUUUGUGACUUAUUUUCUACUUUAAAUUUAAAUUUAUUUUAAAUGAAUGCUCCGUAAGUUUCUUCAUCCUUUCUUUUUUAAAAAGAGAUUUUAUUUAUUUAUUUUUAGAGAGAGGGGGAGGGAGAGAAACAUCAGUGUGUAGUUGCCUCACACAUCCCCACCUGGGGAGCUGCCCUGCAACCCCGGCACAUGCCCCAACUGGGAAUCAAACCAGGAACUCUGGUUUGCAGGAUAGCACUCGAUGCAUUGAGCCACACGAGCAAGGGCUGUCCAUAAUUCUAUCUGGAGUAUAAGAGUUUGCGGCUUCUCAGUCUCUCAAAUACUUAUACAAGGUAUUACUGAAAAAGAUUUUUGACAAUCUGCUAAUUUAUAUUGUAUUCUUUUGAAUUGUCUUGAUGGUAUUCUUAAAUAUUUCUCAAACAAUAAGAUG